AUGGCAGUAAUUCCAAUUGAAAUAAUUUCCGACGUCAUCUGUCCUUGGUGCUUCAUCGGCUACCGCAGCCUGCAGCGAACAAUCGCACUUUACAAAAAGACCUACCCCGGAGGCUCGAAAGAUGAAUUCCAAAUUGUAUGGAAACCCUACUUCAUCGAUCAGGUUGCGCCAGAAGAGAGCGUCCUCGUCAACGAAACAGACCGCAUGGCACGACGCAUGACACCAGCCCAGAUAACCGCAGCACAGACCCGCCUGAUCAGAGUCGGAAAAUCCGUUGGGAUCGCGUUCCGGUUCGGCGGGUAUAUUGGGUCCUCGAGGCUGGCGCAUCGGGUGUUGCAUUUCGCCCUAGAGCGGGGCGGGAGCGAGAUACAGUGCGCGGUUGCGGAGACACUAUUCAAGUACCAGUUUGAGAUGGAGCAGGACGUCAGUGACGUCGAUGUUGUGGUUAAUGCAGCUGUGGGGAGUGGGCUGGACGAGUCGGAGGUUCGGGCCUUCUUGGCUGGUGGGGGAGGGGUCGAGGAGACUGAGAACGAAGCAAAGGGGUCCAGGGCGCAGGUCCAGGGCGUGCCGCAUUUUGUGAUUGGAGAGAAGAACCACCUCGAUGGAGCAGGGGAGAUGGAGGAGUUUUUCCAGGCGUUUGUAGCGGCGAGGGCGGGAAUGGGAAAGACAACUGCAUGA